AUUCUGAUAAAUCAAUGGAGAAGAGAAUUCAAGAGCACGCUAUCUGCAAUGCUACACGCCUUUUUUUAUGGAACGAGAAUCUCACAAAGAAUCAGAUUUCACCUUCCGAAGGCUUAUGCAUCUGUUAUAUUCGAAGUACAUUCACCACGAUUCAGCCUUGUAUAUUCGAUUACAAGUAUAAAAAACUCACAGAUUGGAAGCAUUCUACCGUCAUCCCGUUUGAUUUAUCAAAGUUACUGAACAAAGAUGCAUCAUUAGGUACAUUGCUUGUUUCUUCUACUCUUCAGUUUCUGCCGCAAACUAUCAAACAGUUAGGGGACGAUAUCUCUUUUUCUCUAUUCACACGAUUUCAAUUUACUCAAGCUUUUCUUAAGCCAUCGCCACGACCUACGUACGUAAUAGUUCUCGAAAUCUCACAUAUUCGUUGUUGCGAUUUUCGUCCUCCAUUUGAUUUAGCCUUACCGCCCAAUUUCCUACCUCCUCUUGCUCCGUCUCAUCGUCGAUUUGAAAAGAAUUGGAACGAUGUGGCAGCUUGUGUGAGUAAUGUUGAAUUUGUUAACGAUCCGUAUAAUCGAUAUCGUGGGGAUGUUGUUGCGUAUCUGAGGAAGUUAAGGGAUUAUACUGGUGAAGGUGGGAUUUGUCCAACGAAACCACCUAUUGCAGUGGAUGUAGCUAGAGGAUUUGUUGAAGUUGAGGUAUGUUAUCGAUCGUGGUGUCCAGGUUCAGCUUAUUGCAUUGAGGAAUUAGUAGAUGAGAGUUGCCCUGUUUGUUGUGAUGAGUUUAGAGAUGAGAAUGAAGUGAUUGCAACUUAUUGUUCGCAUGUUUUUCAUAUAAAGUGUCUAUUGCCAUGGCUAUUGAAGAAAAACACUUGUCCAACUUGUCGAGCUGUUUAUCCUUUGCAUUAUUCGCCUAUUUUGGAUCGUCAACUUCAGUAAA